GACAGCUAGUAUAAAACCACAACACUUGUGGCACAGGCAUCAGUUCCGCAAGGAUUAUUGGGAGACCACUACGCUACAGACUCCAGAAAAAUGGCUUUCAUUUACAAGCUUCUAACAUCGAUAGCUUUAGCCACAAUAGUGUUGGCAAAUAAAGCACCUGGAGGUUAUUCAUACAGUCGCUUCAGUGGACCCGUCAGUGGUCAAAUCGUUGAAGUGCAAGUACCAGCUGCUGAAGGUAUUCCAGCACAGCAACACGCCGACUACGGAUACGAUCACAAAACUGGACAAAUACAUCCAGACACAGCUCAAUACGCACAUCUGAAGACUGUUGACUAUGUUGCCAAACCAGACUACGCCUACUCAUAUGGUGUUGAAGAUCCCCACACCGGUAAUCUACAGAACCAUAAAGAACAUCGCGAUGGAGACGUCGUCCAGGGUGAAUAUUCGCUCGUUGAACCCGAUGGCUCUAUCCGUCUUGUGAGAUAUACUGCCGACCCCAAGAAUGGUUUCCAAGCUACGGUGCAUAAGAAAUCAGGCGGUCAACCACAAAAGCUAGUUCAUUACGGCCAUCCAAAGCAAGUAGAAGACGACUCCAGAGAAUACUAGUCCUGUUAUGUUCCUAUAGUUUAGAUUUUUAUACUUUGUUAAAUA